AUGACAGUACUAGCAGAUGCUUUGAAAACUGGCUUGCUUGCAAAGGGGGAACGUGGAGAGCUCGUCGCUCGAACUCUUCUGACCGUCGCACACGACGAGGCUGCCAAGCACGAUCCAAGCACGACAUUUGAGCUGGAGUUCCAUCGGCCAAUCCAACUAGCACACUUUUUGGAGAAGUUUCUCGCACCCGAUGUCUGGGAAUCGGUCCGCCACGCCAAACCAGUUCACGCGUUCGAUGAUGCUCUCGAACUCGAAGCCGCCUUUGCUGAGAGCUGGAUUAAUUUCUCCCAUUGGGUACAGCUUGGUAGCCACGAAAUGUUCAGUUGGGAAUGUGCGACUGAACUGCUCAAGCGAGGGGCAGCGAUGCAAACGUACGAUAACCAGCAGAACCAGGACCUUGGAAUGGCCCUUCACAACGGGAAUCUUGACUCGGCGAUUGAUAUAGACCGCACAGGCCUCUGUCAGGUUCAGGUGAAGAAUUCCGUGAAGUCUGAAAGGGUAGCACCGAAUCCAGAGGCGGCUGGAAAGUGUCCCAACACUUGUCCAAUCUUGUCAAUAGUCAUGCAGCUCGGGGUGGGCGAGGAGUACCACGGCCCGCUAGUCGAGAUUAAUACGACGUCAAUACAAACCGACACUCCUGCUGGCAAUACACGCUCUAGCACAAGCUCCGACCCAACAGACAUAAACCGACGUCAUUAUUCUAUCGUCCUCUAUGGCUGUACGGCGGCCACGUACUCCUGCGUUGGUGGUCACGCGGCAACAUAUGCGACUCUCCUUCGAACUCCAGCACUGUUCCACAACUACUCCAGAGACAAGUACCCAGACCUUCUCGCUGCAGCUCACGAAUUGUCGCCCAACAUGAACAAAGAGGUCAUGUUCUGGACAAACUGA